CUGGCGGUUUCUGUUCAGGCAGCUGUUUGGGCAACUGCAAUCGCGGGUCCUUCUACUGGAGGUGACAUUCAGUGGGCUAGCAGAAACGGGGAAUCGUUGGCAUCGGUAAACGCCUCAAAAUGGCACAGGCAGUGCAGAAGCUGGUCGCUAAAGUACCUACUCUGGUUAACGCCGCUGUCACCUACUCCAAACCUCGCCUAUCAACCUUUUGGUACUAUGCCCGUGUUGAACUUGUUCCCCCUACCCCUGCUGAGAUCCCUAAGGCCAUCGAGGGGGCCACAAACCUCAUCAAGGGGUUCCAGACAGGACGUCUCGGUCAAACCACAGUGAAGGAUGCUUUAAGGAACGGGCUGGUGGCCACAGAGGUGCUGAUGUGGUUCUACAUUGGAGAAUGCAUUGGCAAAGGAGGCUUAGUUGGCUACAAUGUCUGAAUUUUGGACUUUAAAGCAGUUUUUCUUUUGAGCAUUGUAUGUUCAAUCUAAUAUAAGAAUUCUGGGAACCAAUAAAGAUGUUUAUUGUUUAAAAA